CGUUUGUUGAUCCUUGAUUCGAUUUCUGAAAAGAGAAAUGUUCUCUUCAGUUCUUCUUUAUCCUUUUUUUUUUCUUCUCUCUGCAAGUCACAGUCAAAUUCAGUCAUAAGCUACCUUAUUCGAUUUUGAGGUAGAGAGAGAGAGAGACCAUGGAAAUGGAAGGAAGAAGACGAGAAGUGGUUGUUUCAUCUCUGCAAUUCGCUUGCUCCGACGAUAUCUCCACCAAUGUCGCCACCGCUGAGCGGUUCGUCUCCCUCUCUCUCACUAUCAAUCUCUCUCUCUCUCCUCUCUCUCUCUCAUCUUCCUCCGUUUGUAAUUUCGAUUUUGGUAUGUAUCUGAGAAUUGAAUUGUUUUACAUUUUAUGCAGGUUGGUCAGGGAAGCUCACGCUAAAGGAGCCAACAUCGUUCUUAUUCAGGAACUUUUUGAGGGAUAUUACUUCUGUCAAGCGCAAAGAGAGGAGUUCUUUCAGCGAGCCAAGCCUUACAAGAACCAUCCUACCAUUGCGAGGAUGCAGAAUCUGGCAAAGGAAUUGGGUGUAGUGAUACCGGUUAGCUUCUUUGAGGAAGCAAACAAUGCACAUUACAAUUCAAUAGCCAUCAUUGAUGCUGAUGGUACUGACUUGGGUAUUUAUAGGAAGUCACAUAUUCCUGAUGGACCUGGUUAUCAAGAGAAGUUUUAUUUCAAUCCUGGAGACACUGGUUUUAAGGUUUUCCAGACAAAGUUUGCAAAAAUUGGAGUUGCUAUAUGUUGGGAUCAGUGGUUUCCUGAGGCUGCUCGAGCUAUGGUUCUACAGGGUGCUGAAGUACUGUUUUAUCCCACUGCUAUUGGUUCUGAACCUCAAGACCAGGGAUUGGAUUCACGUGAUCAUUGGAGGAGAGUUAUGCAAGGGCAUGCUGGAGCUAAUGUGGUGCCUCUUGUAGCUUCGAACCGCAUAGGGAAGGAAGUAAUUGAAACUGAACAUGGACCCAGUCAGAUCACUUUUUAUGGAACUUCUUUCGUUGCCGGACCAACAGGUGAAAUUGUUGCUGAGGCGGAUGAUAAUUCGGAAGCCGUUCUCGUGGCACAGUUUGAUCUUGAGAAGAUCAAGUCGAAAAGGCAAAGCUGGGGAGUGUUCCGUGACCGUCGUCCAGAUUUGUACAAGGUGCUUCUUACUAUGGAUGGUAAUCUCUGAAUCUUUUGCUGUUGGAACCUUCGAACUUUUGUUUAAGACAGCACUGGGGAAAUCCAUUGACAACCAUUACUGGCUUAAUCUUAAAGUGUAAGCCCAAAAAUAAAAGACCAGAAUAUGGUUUAAUACAUCUCAAAAUUUGCUGUGGCUCUUUCAUC